AGCUUAGUGACUUAGCCCGUGAUCCUCCAGCACAGUGUUCAGCAGGUCCCGUUGGAGAUGACAUGUUUCAUUGGCAAGCCACAAUUAUGGGACCUAACGACAGUCCAUAUCAGGGUGGUGUAUUCUUCUUGACAAUUCACUUUCCCACAGACUACCCAUUCAAACCACCUAAGGUUGCAUUUACAACAAGAAUCUAUCAUCCAAAUAUUAACAGUAAUGGCAGCAUUUGUCUUGAUAUUCUAAGAUCACAGUGGUCUCCUGCUUUAACUAUUUCUAAAGUUCUCUUAUCCAUUUGUUCACUGCUAUGUGAUCCAAAUCCAGAUGACCCACUAGUGCCAGAGAUUGCACGUAUCUAUAAAACAGACAGAGACAAGUACAAUAGGUUAGCAAGAGAGUGGACAGAGAAAUACGCUAUGCUGUAGGGUACAACAGAAUAUCUCGGGAAUGGACUCAGAAGUAUGCCAUGUGAUGCUACCUUAAAGUCAGAAUAACCUGCAUUAUAGCUGGAAUAAACUUUAAAUUACUGUUCCUUUUUUGAUUUUCUUAUCCGGCUGCUCCCCUAUCAGACCUCAUCUUUUUUAUUUUUUUGUUUACCUCCUUCCAUUCAUGCACAUGCUCAUCUGAGAAGACUUUAGUUCUUCCAGCUUUGGACAAUAACUGCUUUUAGAAUCUGUAAAGUAGUUACACAAGAACAAUUGCCCAAGAUUCAGAAUUUUUUUUAAUGGAGCAUGUGUAUUAUGUGGCCAAUGUCUUCAUUCUAACUUGGUUAUGAGAUUAAAAACAAACAUUCCUCACUGCUCUAACAGAUACUGAAGAUACCACCUGAAGGGGGGAGGGGAGAUGGGUGUUCAGUUUUCUCCCAUCAAAGAAGUAACAUUGCUGUAGCAACAUCCAUCUUGUUCCAAACUUUCCAGUGUUAGAGAACUGAGGUUUUAUUAUAUACUUUUGCUCAUAACUGAUGUGUCUGGAGAAUUGGUACUGAAUCUAUAGCAUCAGCAGAACAGAAAAUGUGAUGUAUCUUAUGCAUGUCAAUAAAGGAAUGACCAGUUCUUGUUUUACAGAGAAUGGAAAUUGGAAGUCAAACAUCCCUUGUAUUCCAAAAUAGGGUUUAAGAACAUUUUUGUAAUUCAUUUAAAUUUUGUUAGGAGGCUAGGAGCUAUUAGUUAAUCUGUCUUCCAAAACACUGUUUAAUAUAGCACUGAAUAAAUGAUGCAAGUUGUCAAUGGAUGAGUGAUCAACUAAUAGCUCUACUAGUAAUUGAUUUAUUUUCUUCAAUAAAGUUGCAUAAACCAAUGAGUUAGCUGCCUGGAUUAAUCAAUAUGGGAAACAAAAUCUUUUGUAAAAGCAAAGCUGGUUUUUGUAUAUACUGUUGGCAUUUGCCUCGUUGUUUAACAUCAAAUAAUGAUGUAAAGUUCAAUAGAGUGACUCUUCUGCCAUUUUCAGUUCUAAUGCUCAGUCUGUUGCAGGUUGGCACAUUGCUCGGCCUGGUGGAUGCAGAAUUAAUAAGCUAACAUAGUCGUGUAGCCGUAGUAGGGGGCUGCACUUGGUGCGGGGAGCCCAGCGUUCAAGAAUGGACUUGGGACCCAGCAGAUCUGAAGUGGUGUAUUUUGGAGAUACUUCCUGAUGCACCUGUGUUUGCUGACUGAGAACCUUUUUCUUCACCUUGUACACUUGACAACUGAAAGAUCUUAAUGUGGGGGUAAUGAUGAGGCAAAAAAAUUAUAAAAUAAAGUACUGUUUUGAUGUGGGAAUUGUCA